AUGUCUUCCCCGAAAUCUCGUGCUCAAUCUUCCUCUGUUCCAGUUCUUCCAGACUACAUUACUGGGGCUGGAAUCGACAGUCAUGCGAUAGAGGUUAGGAGCAAGCUCCACCCUUUUGCCCAGAAAAACUUGGAUGAAAAUGUCCUCCAUUUGUUUGAAAACACCUUGGUGCUGGGGCCUCACUGGUUUGGCCCCGUUCCUCCCGAGAUGGCGGAGCUGAUGAAGAAGGAUGCUGAGGCCCCGCUAUGUUUCGAGAGCUCUUCUGCCCUGGCUUCUCAUUCUUGGGUCAGCAAGAAUUUGAGUCGUUCGUUCCCAUCCAGUGAAGUGAGAAAUAGUCCAAUCAAGUGGGCUGAUUGGAUUGACAGACUUCUUCCUCGAUUUGGGGCUCACUGGAAGCGGGCUGGAAUCUAUGACGCCAUUCUCCUAUCCAGGCAAUCUAUCAACAGGGAUGAGAAUCUGCUUGCUGCUGCUUUGUGCUUCUGGAACUCUGCCAGUAACACUUUUGAUUUCCGUAUAGGCCCCAUGGCUCCCACUCUGUUGGAUAUGGCUCAGAUUUUUGGUUUUAGGCCUCACGGAAGACCUGUUGAUGCCAUUGGUGAUUAUCACAGGAAGAAGGACCAGCAGAAGCUAGCCAAGCCAUUCACUAUUUCCCCAGCCUUGAUCAACCAGAAUUGCUCCUUCUCCAACUAUCUCAGAAAAUUUAGUGCUGAGAAGGACAAAGAUCAGCAGCAUAUGUUGUUUCUCCUGUAUUGGCUGAACAGGUUUAUUCUGCCCAAUCGUUCUUCUGCAGUUCUGCUUGAGUACAGACAUCUGGCAGAAGCUCUGCAUAAUCACACUGAUGUUGGCCUUGGACCUACAGUUCUGGCCCAUCUAUUCAAGAACCUGCAUACCGCUACUCUGGAGUAUCCGCUGAAUCUGUCUGCUCCUGGUGCCUUCUGGAUGAUUCAGAUCUGGCUGCAGGUCUAUUUUCCUGAGUUAAGGUAUCCAGACAUAGUUCUGCCUGAGAACCAGGUUCUGGCUCAACCGUUGCUGUCAGCAGAAGUCCCUAAGCGGUCAAUUGGUGAAUACCUGAUGAUGUUCAGGCAUUGUACCAAGAGGUCUGCAGCACAGUGGCAGAUGGUGAUUAGGAGGACCUAUCCUUGGUUUCAGCCUGGACAUCGUUUGUUUGAGAAAGAGCCAGAAGAAGAAUCCGCCAGAACUGAUUUCAGGAAGAAGUUCCUGAGUGUGACCUUACCCAGGGAUCUGCCUCAUGGAGGGGGAAAGCCUCCAAAUUAUCAUUUGGGGGCGGAAGUCUACCAUCCCAACUUCUGUGCAAGGCAGCUUGGCUGUCCUCAGCUCAUACCCCUCAAGUCAUACAGAAGCUGCAAUCGGGGCUCUUCUUGGAGGGAUGCAGAUGACUUGGAGGUCCACAAAGACGCCAGGUGUGCCGUGAACAAGAUUAACAACAGUGCGGAUGCCCUUUAUCCUUCCUGGGAAUUGAACUCCUGCAGUUCUGUGUGCCUCAAUUCUGUCAUUGCUGCUGGAGAUCUGGAGUUGCCCUCCGGGGAUGGAGAGGAGGAGGAAGAAGAAGAAGAGGAGGGAGAUCAGGCAGAACAGACUCCUGUUGAGGCCACUUCUCCUGUCAAAAGAAAAAGAAAAGAAACUGCCCAGUCUGCGGCUCCAGUUGGAGGUCCCUCUCCUCCUCUUACUAAGUCAAAAAGACUUAGAAAGAAGAUUGCAGAAGAAUACGUGGCCCCGGAGGGAACUGGGGCAGUUCCUACCACCACCUCUGGCACGGAUGAUGAUCUGAGAGAGGCUUUCGAAGCUGUGGAGCAAGAAAGGGAGCUGGAAGAGCUGGAAAAGGUAGGAGAGGAGCCCCAGGAGAAGGCCAAGUCAGUGGAGGAGGAGGAGGAAAUUCCUGCUGAGGUGAUAGCGGAGAGCAUUGCCUUGGCUCGGAAGCAGCAGGAAGAUAUAGGGGCAGGGCUGACCAACUCAGAGGUGGCCCUUUUUGAUGAUCCAGAGGCAGAACAUUCUACUGCCGCUCCAGCAGCUGAGGACCAAGUGGAACAAUCCGGAUCGGAGCCUGGGGAUCAGGAAGAACAAGUGGUUCCUGCUUCUGAAAUCGUAGCAGGAGUGGCUGCUGCCGUUCCUGGGUUUAUGGUGGAAGCACAAAGAACUGCUGGGACCUUGGCGGUGAGGACCACCCCCUUGCAGCCUCCGAUUGUUGCAAUGCCUAUUCAUUCUCUUGCAGGUUCAUCUGCCACGGCUUCUUUUGCUGACCCGGAGCUGGCAGAAUUUGAAGCCAUGGACCUAGAUGCCCAGCUGGAUAAGUUGGAAAAGCUCAGCUCUCCUGUUGGUAAGACAAAGUCCAGGGCAGUGGAAGAAGCAAUGGAGAGACUGAAGAUCUGGCAGUCUGCUGAAUUGGAGCUGGAUGAGGACAGAGAGGCCUUUGAUCAGUUGAUGAAGGAUCUGGACCUGCUGCAUAGACAGAACAUGGCCCCAAGACCCAUUCUUGAGAUGAGUCUUGUCUUGGCAAGGGACGUGCUCAACCUUCACGAUCGUUAUGAAGACCUGAAGCCUACCUUCAAAACCUCUGAGUUCUGCAAGGCCACUCAUGAAGCCAACUUGGCUGAUUUUGCAAAGCAGAAGGCAGAACUGGACCAGAUGGUUGCGGGGUAUAAAGAAGCCAAAGCUGCUGGGGAUAAAUUGGAAAAAGAGAUUGCAGAACUUCAAAAGCAGCUGGCAGAGCGUCGGGAAGUGCAGCACAGGCUCGGGGCUGGAUUGAGUUCUAAGACCAAGGCUACUUUUCUUGUGCAGAACAUGGUUGCAGCUUCUAGGCCAGCCCUGGAGAUUGCAGAAGCUUCAAUUCAUCAGGGCGUGCUGCUCCAAAAGGAACUUUCUACCAAGAAGACUAACCUGCAGGAGACUCUUAGAAAACUAGGAUUUUGA